AGUCUCUCUCAAAUUAAAGUAAUCAGCUGUUGAAGACGGUUGAACGUGCAAUUUUACGAUUAUACCAAAAUUUAAAUCGCGGCUAAUUUUCAAUAUAAAUAUUAUUUUUUUAAUUUAAAUAUGACUACAUUACGCCCAUUCACCUGCGAUGACCUCUUCAAAUUCAAUAAUGUCAACUUCGAUCCACUAACUGAAACUUAUGGACUUUCGUUUUACACACAAUACUUGGCUAGAUGGCCUGAGUAUUUCCAGUUAGCCGAAUCCCCAAGUGGCCAAAUAAUGGGUUACAUAAUGGGCAAGGUUGAAGGACAUAUGGAGAAUUGGCAUGGUCAUGUAACUGCUUUGACCGUUUCACCUGACUACAGACGUCUGGGCCUGGCUGCGUUACUUAUGAACUUCUUGGAAGAUGUCUCUGAGAAAAAACGUGCUUAUUUUGUUGAUCUAUUUGUGCGCAAGAGUAAUCAAGUAGCGAUCAACAUGUACCAAAAUUUGGGCUAUAUUAUUUACCGUACUAUACUUGAUUACUAUGCGGGCGAUCAUGACGAAGACGCUUAUGACAUGCGGAAGGCAUUAUCGCGAGAUGUGGAAAAGAAAUCCAUUAUACCAUAUACACAUCCGAUAACGACCCAUCAAUUACACCAAUCAAACCAAGCUCUGGCUUCUCCGCCUUAGAGGGUUGCAAAAAUAGCAAAUUCAAAUUCGCCUGUUGCUGGCGCAUAUUCUAUAUAUCACUUUUGAUGUAAAUCAUAACGCAUUAUUCGUUAUUCAUAUCUAUAUGCAUAGUUGUUUGUUUUUUAAAUAUACUUCAGACGAUUUUAUUAAAAAUAUUACCUACAUUUG